AUGCACGUGACCUGGAUCGGUAGGGACGUAUUGGCCUGGUCUUCCGGUAUCCACGUAGUCUUUUACGACGUUGUUCGCAAAAUAACGAACCACCAAAGUUACGUUAAACACUCGCAAGGCGAAGGUGUAUGUUGUCUAUCCGGUCAUCCGACGCUACCGAUAUUCGCCUUCGCCGAAAAGGUGAGCGACCCGAGGGUAAUGGUGUACACUUAUCCGGAAAUGAAGCUGAUGUCGGAGUGUCCCAAAGGUGGACCGAGCGGCUACUUGGCUACAACUUUUACGGAACACGAAUACCUCGUUACGCUCGCCUCGUAUCCCCAUUUCUCUUUGGUCGUUUGGUCCUGGAGAACCGGCGAACGUCUGGCGACGGUUUCGACCGGAAUAAAGGACAUCGAUCUGCAGGAAAUCGUCGCUACCCACACGGGCCCAACCAUGAUCGCUCAGCUGGGUAAGGAGUCCGGCAAGCUAUCGGUUUGGCAGAUGAGAAGCUGCGGUAAAAUGGUCAGCUUGAAGUCGAGGGAGGUGACAUUGCCGGAAAAGAAGGGAGCAACCGCCGCCGUAUGGAGUCCUGAACCAGGACCCCCGACUCUGGCGAUUUUAGACGAAGCCUGUCACAUUUACGUCCUUCAACACGAUGCAACGGUACCCAUUAAAAUCGCGCAGACCCAACGGUGUUCCGAAUGCGCGGAAAACGAAGCUUCCGAUAUCUGUUGGUAUCGAGGUGGGAUCGUCAUCAAAACAACCUUCUGUCAAAUAAGGUACUACAAAAAAAUAUCCGAAGGCAGUCGGAACUGGUCGAGAAUAUGGAUGGUCAAAAUGCGGGAGCAUCCGUACGUCCUGACGUCUCAUCCCUUCAGGAUUGAUCGUCUUUUCUUUCACACUCUGGAGGGAGACCUUAUGCAACUUGAAAUCGGAGACGAUGUUCAUAACUCCCAAACUCCCGUCAUGGUUCCCCACUUGCGCAGAGGAUCGUCUUAUCGAUUCAUCGAUUGGAUUUAUCCAUGGGGUCAACACCUCGCGGCCGUUGACAACGAAAAUGAACUCAGCGUACUCGAGACGUACACCGGCGAAGAGAUCAGCAGAGUUCACCUGGAAAUGGCGGGAAAAAUAUCGUGUCUCACCUCGAGAAAAGAUAUACCAUUGUUCGGAGUUACAAGCGACAUGGGAGAGGUCACGAUGCUCGGUAUCUGUGACCCGAAAGAACCGCUGAUUUUGGCCCAGUUUCACCUACAUCGCGACAGUCUCGAUCUCGUUAAAUUUUCCUACUCAGGGAAUUACCUGGCUGCAGGUUUUUCGUUGUCGGGAGUUUGCUUUUGCAUUACCAGCAAGAUGGGUACUCAGUUUGAGGUGAUAACACGGGUUGAAGUCAACAGGCAAAUCGUAGACAUUCUUUUGUACGACACGCAGGGUCAUUUGAGACUCUUCGUUCUAUGCGUUACCUCGAAAAGAGCCGUUACAGGGAACCAGGUUCUGUUGUUCGACCUUCCGCAAGGUCAAUCUCGCGUUUCGGCUGCCAGUUACGUACUCGAAUUACUGGAUAGUUUCCAGUCUUUACAUUACAGCCCCGCUAGUCACCAACACAUCAUCGGAUCACCUUAUCUCACGAGACAAAUACAACUACUCGGUAUUCAAGGGUGGAAAGAGGUGACUCUCCUCGAAGUCGCAUCCUCUGAUCACCAAUUGCGGCAUAUGAAUAUCUUCGUGGAUAAUCGAUGGAUCACAUCUGCCUCUCGCGACGGUACCGUAGCCGUUAGAAAUGGUAACAAGUUUCGAAAUCGAGUGGCGAUUAUCACCCCGCAUCAUCGUAAGGACUUGGGAGCCGUAAAGGGCAUAAUGAAACCGUCCGGUGAUUGCAUUGUGUCUCUUGGUUACGACGGUUCUCUAAUUUGUACGAAAUUGUUCGAUGAUACCGACCAGGACGAUUACGACCCUGAUGAUCCGAGCUUCUUGGAUUUAGCCGGGAUGGCGAGGAAAGAGUCCGGAAGGAGAUCCCGCGUAACAAAGGACGACCACCUCAACUUGGACGUGGCGAUCGUGGAAGCACUGACUGCUCAACAUCGGGUGUAUUUCGCCCCCGAAGACGAACGGAAGGACAAAACUUGGGAAGAAUGGAAACAGGCGCGAAAGUUCGCUGAGGAAUCGAGAGAACACUCGGCUGCCAGAGCAGCUAUCUUGAAUUCUUUCGCUUCCGUAAAAACGACCAUCAAUCAUUUGAUGAACGUGAACGAAGCAAGUCCGGAAAUCGAAAGACUUCCCGUCUCGGCGUUCGAUUUGGACAAGGUCAGCAGAGAUCAGAAACUGAAAAGCGCUCGUGACAUGAGAGAAGAUGUGCGUUGUCAGCUGGAGUGGAACUGUGCGGGGAGAGACAAAGUCUCCGAUUGGAUAAAGAGUUUUUGCUGGGACAAGCAACAGGUUCAAGGCCAGUCGAUAAACACGAUAUUCGGUCGAUUCAAGGUAGUUAAUUACCCGACUGUACCGGGUGAUCCUUCGGACGAUGAUUCGCUAGCUUGGGCACGGUUUUCGAAAAAGUUCUCAAGCGAUUUCGUCGUCGAUCCAAGUGUCACAUUUCACCCGUGGUUGACCCUGUCAGAUAGCAAUACCAUGCAACACAUGAGUUCCAUCGCUGAACCAAACGCUAGGAGACCCACCGAGUUAUUGGAUAUAGACGAAAGACAGAGGAUCGACGCGAUACUCGAAGAGGACGAGGAAGACACGGUCGUAGACGAGGCUGAAAUUGAGAACCAGAGGACAUUGGAAGGCACGACUACUCACAGAUUCAUAGAGCAAUCCGAAUGCUAUUAUUCGCAAUUCGAACUCUGCAGUUACGCCCAGAUGACCGUUGAGAGACAAAUGCUGAAGAAGGACGUCUCGCAGUUGAAAAACUACUUCAACAACCUCUUCAACGAUAUGUACAACGUCAAGGAGCGUGAGAUGAGCCUUGUCUUGGAGAGAAAUGAACGUAUCAGACACAUAAACUCCGAACUGUGCCUCAUGUUCAACCAAAGAGUCCCGGAAAUCCCAUUGGACCCGAUCUGGAAUCAAACAGAGAUACCCGAUAGUCUGAUCAGAGUGUCAGAUUCGGAGGUCAAGGUAAGUCCUUACGUAUCGCCAUCCGCGCAGGACAUUUUGAACAAACAAGCAGCAGACGCGGAACGUUACCGAUUGCUCUUACUAGCUGAUGAUUUUCGAGAAAAAGCGUUGAUCGCCAUGAUGGACGGAGUGCUUGAAGUCCGUUGGGAGGACCUGAUAAAAAAAGAUGUUCCGAAACCGGAGUGCAUGCUGGUCAAAUCGCCAGACGCUUACAAUGCAGAUGAUAUUUUGGCGGUGAAAGAGUACGAAAAGGAAGUCGAGGCGCUGAUCCAGGAACGGGAAAAAUACAGGAGGAUCCUGGAGGCGGACUAUUCGAAGAUCAGUGCAUGCCUGACCGAUGGAAUCGAGCGGUUCAAGCAGAGAUUGGAGAAAUUUUUCCUUACGAGAAUUCUCGUCGACUCUGCGAUAAACCAACUCAGACUGAGAUACUGGCGCGGAUGUUUUCGGGACAUGCGUCGGCGGAUGAUGUACGAAAAAGAGGAGAUCGCGAAGAGAAUGAUCGAUGAAAAAAAAGGUGAGAUCGAGGGCUUUUUGGAUGAAGUCCGCAAGCAGCAGUCGGUGAUCGCGAACCUCAGAGGAAACUACGAGGCCGCCUGCAACCGCGAAAAAUGGCAGGAGAAAAAGUUUCGCUCCGAAUUCCCAGGUAUGGCUAAGACUACGCAAGAACUUUUGACCAGGCAGUACAAACGCAGACCGAAAGCGAUCCAGAAAGCUGUGCCAGCCUCGUAUGUGGGUGAAAUUGGAAAAGCUGCGGUGAAUAUGACGAAACCUUUUUUCUUGACCGGCGAAUGUCACGAUUAUCUGAAAGCUCUGGAUAGCCUGGAUGUUCGACCGGCUAGCCUGCCGCCAUUCAUCGACGGGGUGCAAUGGGAGCAUCUGGUACGUCUUCGUAGACACAAAGUCGAGAGUGAAAUGCGCGUGCGAUCCAUAUCCGUGGAUAUCGCCGAGGCUGAACACACUGUUGGCGAAUUCGGGAAAAUUAUUGGUAAUGCGAGAGGGGAGUUGGAAGCACUGGAAGAAACGCUGAGUCGUCGGAGACGCGAGAGAAUGAGUUUCGAUCAAGACAUAGAGGUGCAGCUGGUUCUCAAAAUGGGACAAAUCGAAGUGACGUUUCACGGUGACACGGAAAACGAUCACGUCCUUUUAAUACCGCGAUCGGAGAUCGAGAAGAUCAAUUCUUUCAUCCUGGGCGCGGGUAGAGUGAAGUUAAAGACUAUGAAAAAAACAAUCAAUUUCGGUAGAGGGAUAAAUUACAAAGAAUGGGAGCAUAAGAUGUUAAAAAUGAAGAUCGAAGAUCUCAAAGAAGAACUUUACUCCGUCGAAAGGAUAACAAUAAACAAAGAGAUCCAGGAAUACCUGAAACGGAAAGCCAAAGGCCUUAAAGAUGACAAGACCCAACUUCAAUUGGAAAGAGAAUUGGAACUGAUGCACAAGAAUUGGGAAAAGCAGCUGGCGGAUUGGACAACUAAGUUGAACAAACUCAGCUCCCGAAUCGCUAAAACUAAGCGCGAAAAUUCCAUACUAGAUAAAAAAAUCACGUCGAUGAAUGUCUCGCGAUGUGAAAUGGAACUUCAGAGAGACGUCGAUUCGGAAAUCAAGGUCGAAGAAUGCCGGGAAAAAAAGUUAAACCUCAUUCAUCAGAGGUCCAAACUUGUUCAAAAAUUACAGAAAACCUAUUCCGAACUUGUAAUUUUAGAAACCGAAUAUGAACUGCUCAGACUCCGACGAUUCCCAACUUUUAAAUCUUUUAAAAUCCUAGACGAUAAUUGA